AUGGAAUCGCCGGCGACACACCCUGACUCCCCCAUGGAUCAGGACGAUGUGCCAUUUCCGUGCAAGGGCUGCGGAGAGAUUCUGGAAGAGGGGAAAGCCUUUGAACUUGCGGGUAACCGAUGGCACAUCGAAUGUUUUUGCUGCAGUACCUGCGGUACCCUUCUCGAUUCGGAUGCACACCUCCUCCUCCUCGGCGACGGUUCAUUAAUCUGCAGCAACUGUACCUACAGCUGCAGCUCCUGCGGCAACAAGAUCGAGGAUCUCGCCAUCUUAACCGGAGAACAAGCCUUCUGUGCCCAGUGCUUUCGAUGCCGGAACUGUAAGAGAAAGAUUGAGAACCUGCGGUAUGCGCGCACCUCCCAGGGAAUCUUCUGCAUGGACUGCCACGAGUCCCUAAUGCAGCGGCGUCGCAAGCGAAACCGCGGGGUCGCUGCCAAAAAACAAACCCAGCCGAACAUGAAGCUCGACAAGUCGCUUCCAUCCCUGCCCCCGGAAGAAGCCGAGCAGCUCGCCCGUGCCACGGACGACCCAGCGGCCGACGCCUAUGCGGACGUGACCACAGAGGUUGCGUCUCGGGGAGCAGCGCCUGCGCUGGACGCGGGGAGAGCACUCGGUGGAUCCGGUCGUGUUCCUGAUGACCAAGAAAACCUAAUCCUGCCGUCAAGCACGUACCGCAGCAACCGUCAUUCCCUGGUGGUCCCCCGGGAGUCUGAAGCCGACGCGGGUGGUGAAUUCCUCAUCCCCGUCGCAUUCGAUCCGUCCGAAGAACAGCGAUCGCGAACACAGGGCUCUGGCCACGAUGCAUUGGCCCACUCCAAGUCUCCGUCGUCCUUGCACAAGUCCCCCUCCGAGUCCGUUCCGUCCGACACAUCCCCACACAUUGCGUACCAAGAGAAGGGCCGCGAUAUCGAUGCCACCCGCUGGCGCCAGGACGAUACGGCGAACGGUGUGUCGGCCCGCAGCUCUAGAUCGGACCUUCCCGCGACCCAAAAGGAGACAAGCACCUUCUCGACCCCAAGCCCCGAAAGCACAAGGUCGUCGACCACCCUCCAGCGCGACACUUCAACCUUGGACCGAUCGACGACGGUGGAGAGCUCCACCACGAUUCCCACUCGCCCGUCCCAUGAGCUCCGCCGACUGCACGAAAACAGUGGGUCUGUGGACUCGGCGCGGUCAUUCCUGUCCUCCUCCAGCAUGCCACACCAUCCCAAGCGCGGCGACUCGCUGGAAAGCAAGCUGUACCAGAUGCCCCGAAAGGAACCCGGCGUAUCUCCUCGACCGGCAAACGAACAAUGGCGUGACCGGAGCAAGAGCACCCCCAAGGUGGGAGAGUCGCCUCGCACCCCACGGAGCGAUAACUACGAGCAGUCGAAACCGCCGCGUCCGAAUUCGAUCAACACCUUCCAGCAGACUGACCCGACUGCAUCUCCGUCUCUGCUGCGGUAUAGCGCUGGGGGCGACUUCUCGAUGGACGAGGACAUGGCACGCAUCAUGGGAUCGGAUGAUGGCCAGUCGGGUCAGACCAGUGAAUCCUUCUUGCGUCGCAUGUCCAAUUCGGUGCGCCAUGGUCGGAGUUUCAGUGACAAAGGCUCUCGUCUGUCAAGGGACGCGAAGUGGCCCAAGUCACCGGUCAACGGAGCAGCGUAUCAAGAUAUUGCUAGCCCUUCUGGAACGGCCCCCGAGAACGUUGGCCCGGAAGAAGUCACUUGGCUGCGGAAUGAAUUACGCAGAGAGCGCCAGCGCGUGGCGGAUCGAGACCAGAAGAUCGCGGAGAUGGAGGCCGCGAUGAACGCUGCUGUGGAUGUCAAGCAGGUGAACACGGAGCUCAGUGAGAAGCGAUCGACCAUGGUGGUCUUGGAUGCCAAGAAGGAAAUUGUCAUGCGCGAACUCUCCGUGCUGACAGACCAUCUUGAGGCCGAGAAGCGUGGCGGCGGUGGCACGUUGGAUCUUGGAAAGCUGACCAACCAAGUUUUGCGGGAUUUCGUGGAGUCUAUCCAGAAGUUGAAGGACUCCUUUACCCCACAGAUCGAGGAACUCGUGCAGAAGCGCAACGAUGCCGCGGAGGAAUUGGCAAACCUGAACCGCAUGAAGGACAAGAGCUUCCAGGAGUUCGAACAGCUGUCCUCGAAGAAUGCCCAACUCGCUGAGUUGAACAACCAGCUGGUACAUCAGAUCCAGGAGCUCUACAAGGCCAACAACACCGAGGGCACUCGUGGCCCGAAUGGCCUGGGCAUCUACUCACACGGCAAGGAGAAAUCGCUGUCUUCGAUCGACGCCCUGAAAGCUGCUAACAAUGACCUGACAACAUCCGUGUCUACCGCCAAUAUGUCCGAAGAGGCCGAGCCGGCCACCAUCGUCCCUGGUCCCCAAGUGGUCAGUAUCCGAAAGGGACAGCCUCGUAAGUUCAACUGGAAGAAGGGUGGACAGAACGUGGCAAAGGGAGUCACCAAGGGUCUCAAAGGCGCUUUCGGGUCCAGCGAGACUGCGAACGAGGGUGGCGGUCUGCCGCGUUCUCAGACGCAGGAUCCUAGCCGUCAAGGAUUUGGUUUCUUUGGAAAUCAACGCAAUAAGCAGACGGGUGGAAGGAUGCCUACGACUGACAGUGUUCCCGCCUUGGCCGAAAAUAGUCCGUCUGGUCUAUUCGGCACCGAUUUGGAGGCGCGCAUGGAACACGAAAAGAGCAUCAUCCCGGCCAUUAUCACCCGCUGUAUCCAGGAAGUUGAGCUCCGAGGCAUGGACAUGGAAGGUAUCUACCGUAAAUCCGGCGCUAGCUCAGCGAUUCAGACCAUUCGUGAUGGUUUUGAACGGUCUCCUCAGGAUUACGAUAUCUCGGAUCCGGAUCUCGAUAUUCAUGCCGUGACCUCGGCAUUGAAACAGUACUUCCGGAAGCUCCCCACGCCUCUGAUUACAUAUGAAGUUUAUGAGAAGAUCAUUGAGACGGGUGAGAUUACCUCUCAGUCGGAACGGAUUGAGACAUUGCAGCGGAGUCUUCGCGAAUUACCUCGCGUCCACCAGGAUGUGUUGGAGUUCCUUGUGUUUCACUUGAAGCGCGUGGUUGAACGCGAGAAGGAGAACCUGAUGACGAGCCAGAACAUUGCCGUGGUCUUCGCCCCGACGAUCAUGCGCCCCCAGAGUCUGGCUCGCGAGAUGACGGAUGUACAGAAAAAGAACGAGGUUCUCAAGUUCCUGGUAGACAACUGUCAGGAGGUGUUUAUGGGUAUGCAGAGCUAG